GCGACAAAUCGGAGUGAUGUUCUUGGAGCACGGGAGCGGCUCCGGAAUCGUGCCGCGCAAAUUUACGAUCCCAGAGCCCUCAAUUGUUGCCGAGGCUGGCGAGAGGCACAUUGCAAUUUUGCCUGCCAAGCCACACGGGGCAGUGGCCCGGGAGCAGCGGCUGAUGAAGCGCGAGGGCGUGGAGAGCUCCAGGGUUGCGCUCGUCGACACGAUGGUUCUGGUGACGGUUGAUGGGCGCAUGUACGGGAUCAAAAGAAGCGACGGACCAUUUUGUGGCGGCGCGAGGGCCUGCUAGAUCUGGAGCACAACAAUACAACAGCCGAGUCUCGGGGAUGGUGUGGACAAAAGGCCGGCCGAUUGCACAAUCCAAAUCGACCGCCAGCAUGAAAGGGGCAGCGGCAGGAUCCUUGCCAAAGUUAGACGCCGAGCAUAUUGUUGGCGAUGAGGCUGACGAAGACAUUGAGGACAUUGACGACGAGGAGGAGUGGCUACUGGAGCAGGGCAUUGACUGGCGGUCCGAUCCGCAGGUGCUUCGGCAGCGACGUGAGUGGCUGCAGCGGCAAAAGGCCAAGGUCAGAGCACGGGAGAGGGCAAAGUCGGGGCAGUUCGGCCGAGACAGCAACAGCUCCUUCGGCAAUUCAGGACCAGAGAAUUUGCAGGAUGUUUUGUACAUCGCCGAGCCCGGCAGCGGCGGCGGCGCACUGUACUUGUACACGCUGGAAUCGGGGCUGCACAGGCUGCCACUAACGAUCCAAGAUUUGGUGGACCGGUCGCCGGUGCAAGUAAACGGGGUAUUGUACACAGGCACCAAGGAUACGCACUUUGUGGCAGUCGACCUGAGCUCUGGGCAGCUGCUUAGCCUUUACGAAAGUGAGGGCAGCUCAGGCGCGCGCGUUCUGCUGGGCGAGAAACGCAACCGCGUGCGCAUCACACCAACGACUGCAAACAGCAAUGGCAUACGGCAGAGUGCGUUGAAUUGGGACUGGGAGCUGCAUCAUCGGUCGGUCGACGCGCCGGCGCUGGAUGCUGAGAUUGAUGCGCUGCUCGUGGAGCUGGGUGACGCUGCGGAGACGCUGAGCGGUGCACGCGGGCCAGCCAAGUUUGUUACAACGCACGAUGGCGGCUUCGUCAUGGUCGAGGCACAGACCGGGAUGCCGCUGUGGGCGCAGCGCUUUGACUCGCCAGUGGUUGUGCCUUUGACGUGUUCCGCAUCGAAGGCGAGCGCUACGUGGCGCGGCGGCGCGACCUGGCACCGGCGCAACAGCAGGCGCGGUUCCGACGGUGGCGGCAGCGGCUGCAUGAACUGGACGCCGCGCACGGCCUAGACGAGCUUCUGGCGCACAAGCAGCAGUCGCAGCAGAACCGUUGGCGUACGGGAUCAGCUGGCGGAAAUGCUCUGGCAGGCGCCUUCUGGGAGCGCGCGCCGCGGGAGGGCUUGGGGCGGCCACAGAUGGCGUAUGUGGGCAAACUGCGCGACACGCUUUUUAUGCUGA